AUGCUGAAGAUGCUCCCAGUCAUUUCCAGCCAUUGCCUUUGGUGGGGUAGGCUUCAGAGAGGAAUCUGCCUGAAUUGGUUGGCACUGAACAGGAUGCACUCACAGCACAUGCACAUCAGAGUGGGAGACCGGGCUGAACUCAGCAGGGCCUUCACACAGAGGGACGUGGCUGCCUUCUCAGAAUUAACAGGGGAUGUCAAUCCUUUGCAUUUAGAUGAAGAUUUUGCAAAACACACCAGAUUUGGAAAGACAAUUGUACAUGGAGUUUUGAUCAAUGGACUUAUUUCAGCUCUUUUGGGUACUAAAAUGCCAGGGCCAGGCUGUAUAUUUCUUUCCCAGGAAAUUAACUUUCCAGCCCCUUUAUAUGUUGGGGAAGUUGUUUUAGCUUCUGCAGAAGUGAAAAAGCUUAAGCGGUUCAUUGCUGUUAUUGCAGUGUCAUGUUUUGUACUAGAAAGUAAAAAAACCGUUAUGGAAGGCUGGGUUAAAGUUAUGGUCCCAGAAGCUCCUAAAUCCUGA